AAACAUUCAGCAGCACAAAGCUACCGUCAAUACCAUUGCCACGGAACGCGGUUUCACAGGUGGCCAUGGUGAUAGCGACGGGCCUUAAGACUCAGAGCUACGGAAGACGGCGACCAAAUGUGGGUUUUGGAUUGGUCGCAUUGAUGCUUUGGAGCGUUGCGCGGUGUGGUGUUGACCUCGUGUUUUGCGCGGUGAGCAGACAACCGCCACGAGUUCCAGAGGUAGCGCUGCACGCAGCCAGCAAGGACACCUUCGAUCCUUGGACUGUUCUGAAGAUAUCUCCAGAUGCAGGCGUCGAGGAGGCCAAAAAAGCUUACAGAAAGCUGGCAGCAAAGUACCAUCCGGACGUAGAUCCAUCUCCGAAGGCUUAUGAAAUGUUUCAGAAGUUGGUUCGCGCAAAUGCAGUCAUUACCGGCGAGGACAAAGGCCUGGAUGAAACCACAUUGCUUAACAAUGCAGCGAACAACUUGCGUGACAAUAUCGAAUAUCAGAAAGAAAGGAUCGAAAAAUUGAAGAAGGAGGCUGCAGCAGAAGAGCAAAGAGUUCAGGAAAUGCAGGAGCAGCAGAAGAAAGUGGAAGAAAAGCGCGACCAGGUCAGCGGUGAGCUUGGACUUCUUGGGGGCAGUGUGCUUGGAUUGAUCGCUGGCGGUCCAACAGGCCUCAUCCUUGGGGCCAUUGCAGGGAUUGCUCUGGGCAAGCGCACUGACAGCGUUGGCAAGGUCAUUCGUGGUGCUGGAACUGUUGUGAAAGGAGUUUUCGAUGCUGUGCAGAAAGCGGCCGGCAAGAGUCAAGAAUGAUUUAGAGUGAUUGUCUUGCAACUCUUGCUGGACGCUAGCAUUUCCACAACACAUGGUCUUCCCAGCUUGAUUAUAAGCGUCAUUUUUUGCAGAGUUGGCAAACUCAGCUGU